AAUAAUACAUUUUAUAUGUAGAGCGCUUUUACCAAUGCUCAAAGACGCUUUACAAUUGAAACAAAAACAGCAAACAAUGUGAACAGAACAAAACAAUUAUAAUUUAAAAGCUAGUUUACAAAGGUGAGUUUUUAACAGUUUUUGGAAUGUGGGAAGGUCUGAACAGGUACGAAUGGGUUUAGGGAGUGAGUUCCAAAGGGAGGGGGCAGGAACAGAGAAGGCUCUGUCCCCCCAAGUUCGGUGUGUUCUUUGUUGGGGCGGUGCGAGGAUGUUUCCAUGAGAGGAGCGGAGGUGACUGAGGGGGUGUGGGGACAAAGAAGAUCUGUGAGGUAGGGAGGGGCCAAGUUAUUGAGUGCUUUGUAAGUGAGAAGGAUGAUUUUGAACUUUAUCCUGUAUGAAAUAGGAAGCCAGUGCAGUUUUUGGAGGACGGGGGUAAUGUGGUUCCUAUAGGGGGUCCGGGUGAGAAGGCGUGCAGCGGAGUUUUGGAUAUAUUGUAGUUUAUUGAUGAGUUUGGAUGGAAACCGAAAAGAAUGCUGUUACAGUAGUCAAGUCUGGAGGUGAUGAAGGCAUGGAUGAGGGUUUCAGCAGCAGAGAAAGUGAGGGAGGGGCGAAGACGGGCUAUGUUUUUGAGGUGGAAGAAGGCAGUUCUGGUGAUGUGGUUGACGUGCCGAUCAAAUUUUAGUUUAUUGUCGAGAAUGAUAACUAGGUUGCGGGAAUGUGUUGAGAGAAGCAGGGUGCAGUUGUUGAUGGUGAGGGAAAAUUGACCGUCUUUGAUGUGAGCUACAGGGUCAAUGAUGAUUAUGUCCGAUUUGUUACUGUUGAGUUGAAGAUAGUUUGCUUGCAUCCAGGAUUUAAUUUCACUGAGGCAGUUGUGAAUUGUGGAUUCGGUGCUGUGCGAGAUUUGUUUUGUGGAGAUGUAAACUUGGAUGUCGUCAGCGUAACAGUGAAAUUGGAGUCCAUAUUUACGAAUGACCUGACUAAGGGGGAGGAUGUAAAGAAUAAAGAUGAGGGGACCAAGAACUGAACCUUGGGGGACACCUUGUGGUAGGGGAAGAGGGUGGGAUGUGCAGUUAUUGAUAGUGAUAUAUUGUUGUCGGUCGGUGAGGUAGGAGCGGAACCAGGAAAGUGCAGUGCCAGUGAUGUGUACAGAUUCUAAUCGGGAGAGCAGGAUGGUAUGGUUGAUUGUAUCAAAAGCAGCAGUGGGGUCCAGGAGGAUGAGGAUGGUGAGUUAUCCAGAGUUCGAGGAGAGGAGAAUGUCGUUGGUUAUUUUGAGAAGGGCUGUUUCGGUGUUGUGCUGUGAGUGGAAGCCAGAUUGAAAAAGUUCAAACAGGAUAUUGUUGGUGAGGCGGGUUCUGAGUUGUGAGGCGACGGCCCUUUUCAGAAUUUUAGACAGAAAAAGGAGAUUGGAGAUGGAGUGGUAAUUGCUCCGUAUAUCGGGGUCUAGACCAGAUUUCUUUAUGAUGGGAGUGAUGGCAGCCAGUUUGAGAGUUCGGGGGAAAGAGCCAGAGCGGAGGGAGGUGUUAAUGAUGUCGGUGAUAAGUGAGGAGAUUACGGGGAGACAAUCUUUUAUUAGAACAGAGGGAAAAGGAUCUAGGGUGCAGGUGGCAUCAUCUGAAAAGAAUGACUACUGUAAUUUUUGGACUACAUGACUCACCUGACUUAAGCCACAUCCACCAAAUAUCACAAAAAAAAGAAUUUUUGUUUAUAUAUAAGCCUCAUUGGACUAUUACGACACAGGGAGAAAAAGUAGCAGGUUAUAGUCUGAAAAUUAUGGUAAAAUUUGUCCCUAUUGAUGGUCUGUGAGAAGUUAAGACAUGUCAACAGUCUUAUGUUUCAUGAUUUCCUAACAACAAUCAGCGGGCAUGAAGCAUUGCUUUUGAAAGUGAAAAUGCAUUUCUUUAUUCACACUAAUAGUCACACCAAUGCUCUACUCAUGGUCGCCAUGGUAAUGAAAUCUAGACUGCAAUUGGCUCACCACUGGGGUGUGGUAUACAGUACUUGUUCAAUAUACCCUAACCCUAACACAAGCAAGGGACUUGAACUUUUUAACUUUUUAAGCUGUCAACUGCGAUGCAUCCGUGCUAACUACCAUUAAUACAAACCAACCAUUUAAAGUUGUUUACAUCCUAUUUCACUAAACUAGAUUAAGUUGUCCAUUCAUGCUUUCAUUAGUAUGAACAAAAGCACAAUAGGGGCGAAACAAUCAAUAAAUGCAUCAAUAGUGAGGCUUCCAGACUGCAGUGACCGCGAGCUGUGAUAGACAAACCCAUCCCCCUCCCUCCCCGCUUCCUACCUCGCAUAUAUAAAAAGGCGUGUCCUCGCCCCUCCCGCACACAAGUAGACCGAGCACCCUAGCCCGGCCCGACGUGCCUCUGCCGCCCUUCAUGGAUGCUCCGGACUCAGGCAUCCUCUGUGGAAUUGACACACUUGUGUGACAAGACAGGACGUGACUACUCAACAGCUCCUCAAACUGCAGACGUCAGUGAGUGAAUCGUUGUGGAAGUGUCGCCAUGGCCAACAGGGGCCCGAGUUACGGCCUGAGCCGAGAGGUGCAAGAAAAGAUCGAGCAGAAGUACGACCCGGACCUGGAGCAGCGGCUGGUUGACUGGAUUGUGGCCCAGUGCGCGGGCAGUGUGGAGAAGCCACCGGCGGGUAGGGAGGGCUUCCAGAAAUGGCUGAUGGAUGGCACGGUCCUGUGUCGACUCAUCAACAGUCUCCAUCCAAAGGACAAGGAGCCUGUCAAGAAGAUCUCAGAGUCUCAGAUGGCCUUCAAGCAGAUGGAGAAGAUCUCUCAGUUCCUCCAGGCAGCUGAAGCUUAUGGAGUUACCAAAACUGAUAUAUUCCAGACCGUAGACCUUUGGGAAGGAAAAGACAUGGCUGCAGUGCAGCGGACUCUCAUGGCACUGGGCAGCGUGGCUGUCACCAAUGAUGACGGUCAUUACAAAGGGGACCCAGACUGGUUCCACAGGAAAGCGCAGGGCUAUCGGCGGGAGUUCACUGAGGAGCAGCUGCGCCAGGGCCAGAGUCUGAUCAGCCUUCAGAUGGGCAGCAAUCGCGGAGCGUCUCAGUCGGGUAUGACGGGCUACGGUAUGCACCGUCAGAUCAUGUAGAUAACAAAUUGGCCUUGCUUCCUGUAUUUUCUUCUUAUUUCUACUAACACGAUGUAUCGUAGCCUAUUCUGCCUUCUGCUAGCCUUACCUAACCUCACCUCUCUGAAAGUGCUGCUUUAAACGAUGUCUUCUCCUCUUUGUGUCUUCCACUCUGCUAUGCUGCUGUCAUUUCCAUUUUAUGAUUUAAUGUGCAACUUGACGUCGUCAAUUUAGCCCUCUCGACAUGAUUAAAAUGUCAAACAAGCCAUCAGUGUUCAUUGAUGCUGUGAAAAAGCAUGCCUCUGGAAUUACAUUUACCACGGGUGAUUGUUUUACAGUGGUUGGUUAUGUGAUUGUGCGCUCAGUCAGACUCACAUCGUGCCUGGUUUAUGGGACUAGACCAUAAAGCACUCGGUCCUGCUAUUCUUGCCUCAAAAUGUGCACUUUUUUUGUUUUGUUCAUGUUUGUGUUAUUUAAUUCCCAAUAUAUUUUUUAUCUGGAAGCUUACUGACAAAAGGAAUAAAAUACAUGGACAUAAUGUUAGUGUUGUUGUUUGUAAUUAUGAGUAACACAUGCUUUGACCUAUUUGAUUUUUGGUGUGUCAACCAAAGAACCAAACAAAAAAGGAGGAUUAAACUCACCAAACAGGUCAUACUUUAUAUGUACUGUAUAUAGACGUUUAUAUCCACUGUAAGUAUAUGACAAUGUUAGUCUUAGCUCCCUGACUGCGGUAUUUCUCUUCUGCCUGCCUGCUCGUCUUUCCUCUCUCAAUUCAAUCUAAUAAUAAAGGCGGAGCUGGAAAACAAAGUCAUUAGGACAGAAGCUUCCUGUGGAUGCACAUCUGAUCCAAAAAAAAAAAAAAAACGCACACACAUCAGAAGAUGUUUGAUAAAAGUGUUGUUCGGCUGCUUGGUGAUGAAGUGGUGGUUCUGUGAGUGAAAAUAUAAUUAAUGAAAUUAUCAUUUCAAGUAUUCAUGAUUAUUCAGUGUAUAUUUAAUUAAACAGUUUUAUGAACUACAGUAACACAUACUCUGUGAGUAAUAUACAGUGGUAUGAAAAAGUAUCUGAACCUUUUGGGAUUUAUCACAUUUCUGCAUGAAAUCGCCCUCAAAUGUGAUCUGAUCUUUGUCAAAAUCACACAGAUGAAAAACACCGUGUCUGCUUUAACUAAA